GGGAGAGGAGAGAGCGCGCGGCGAUGGCGGCGGCGCCGGCCCUGAAGCACUGGCGCACUACGCUGGAGCGGGUGGAGAAAUUCGUGUCGCCGCUCUACUUUACCGACUGUAAUCUCCGCGGCAGGCUCUUCGGAGACAGCUGCCCAGUGGCCGAGCUCUCCAGCUUCUUGACGCCCGAAAGGCUUCCCUACCAGGAGGCAGUCCAGCAGGAUUUCCGCCCCGCGCAGGUCGGCGACAGCUUCGGACCCACAUGGUGGACCUGUUGGUUCCGGGUGGAGCUGACCAUCCCAGAGGCAUGGGUGGGUCAGGAAGUUCACCUUCGCUGGGAAAGUGAUGGAGAAGGCCUGGUGUGGCGUGAUGGGGAACCUGUCCAGGGUUUGACCAAAGAGGGGGAGAAGACCAGCUAUGUCCUGACUGAAAAGCUGGGGGAAGAAGACCCCCGGAGCCUGACCCUCUAUGUGGAAGUAGCCUGCAAUGGGCUCCUGGGGGCCGGGAAGGGAACCAUGAUCGCAGCCCCUGACCCAGAGAAGAUGUUCCAGGUGAGCCGGGCUGAGCUGGCCGUGUUCCACCGGGAUGUCCACAAGCUCCUGGUGGAUCUGGAGCUGCUGCUGGGGAUGGCCAAGGGCCUCGGGGAGGACAACCAGCGCAGCUACCAGGCCCUGUACACAGCCAACCAGAUGGUGAACAUAUGUGACCCCGCCCAGCCGGAGACCUUCCCAGUGGCCCAGGCCCUGGCCUCCAAGUUCUUUGGCCAACGUGGGGGUGAAAGCCAGCAUACCAUCCAUGCCCUGGGGCACUGCCACAUUGAUACAGCCUGGCUCUGGCCCUUCAAGGAGACCGUGCGGAAAUGUGCCCGGAGCUGGGUGACAGUCGUUCAGCUCAUGGAGCGGAAUCCUGAGUUCAUCUUUGCCUGCUCCCAGGCACAGCAGCUCGCGUGGGUGAAGAGCCACUACCCUGGCCUGCAUGCCCGGCUCCAGGAGUUCGCCUGCCGUGGGCAAUUUGUGCCCGUCGGGGGCACCUGGGUGGAGAUGGAUGGGAACCUUCCCAGUGGAGAGGCCAUGGUGAGGCAGUUCCUGCAGGGACAGAGCUUCUUCCUGCAGGAGUUUGGGAAGAUGUGCUCUGAGUUCUGGCUGCCAGACACAUUCGGCUACUCAGUGCAGCUCCCACAGAUCAUGCGCAGCUGUGGCAUCAGGCACUUCCUCACCCAAAAACUGAGCUGGAACCUGGUGAACAACUUCCCGCACCAUACCUUUUUCUGGGAGGGGCUGGAUGGCUCCCGGGUGCUGGCCCACUUCCCGCCUGGUGACUCAUAUGGGAUGCAGGGCAGUGUGGAGGAGGUGCUGAAGACUGUGGCCAAAAACCGGGACAAGGGGCGUACCAACCACAGUGCCUUCCUCUUUGGCUUUGGGGAUGGGGGUGGUGGCCCCACCCAGACCAUGGUGGACCGCUUGAAGCGGCUGUGCAAUACAGAUGGGCUGCCCAGGGUGCAGUUCUCUUCUCCGGAGCGACUCUUCUCGGCGCUAGAGGGCCACUCGGAGCAGCUGUGCACGUGGGUCGGAGAGCUCUUCCUGGAGCUACAUAAUGGCACCUACACCACCCAUGCCCAGAUCAAGAAGGGGAACCGGGAGUGUGAGCGGAUCCUGCAUGACGUGGAGCUGCUCAGCAGCCUGGCCCUGGCCCGCAGUGCCCAGUUCCUCUACCCGGCCGCCCAGCUACAGGACCUCUGGAGGCUCCUGCUUCUGAACCAGUUCCACGAUGUGGUGACUGGAAGCUGCAUCCAGCUGGUGGCAGAGGAAGCCAUGUGCCACUACGAAGACAUCCGUUCCCGUGGCAACACGCUGCUCAGCGCUGCAGCCGCAGCCCUUUGUGCUGGGGAACCAGGUCCUGAGGGCCUCCUCAUUGUCAACACACUGCCCUGGAAGCGCACUGAAGUGCUGGCCCUGCCCAGGCCUGGUGGGGCCCACUGCCUAGCUCUGGUGACAGUGCCCAGCAUGGGCUAUGCUCCCGCUCCCACCCCCACCUCGCUGCAGCCCCUGCUGCCCCAGCAGCCUGUGUUUGUAGUGCAGGAGACUGACGGUUCUGUGACUCUGGACAACGGCAUCAUCCGGGUGAGGCUGGACCCAACUGGCCGCCUGACGUCUCUGGUGCUGGUGGCCUCUGGCAGGGAGGCCAUUGCUGAGGGUGCCGUGGGGAACCAGUUUGUGCUGUUCGAUGAUGUCCCCCUGUACUGGGACGCGUGGGACGUCAUGGACUACCACCUAGAAACACGGAAGCCAGUGCUGGGCCAGGCAGGGACCUUGGCCGUGGGCACUCAGGGUGGCGUGCGGGGCAGCGCCUGGUUUCUGCUGCAGAUCAGCCCCAAUAGUCAGCUCAGCCAAGAGGUGGUGCUGGACGUCGGCUGCCCCUAUGUCCGCUUCCACACCGAGGUGCACUGGCACGAGGCCCACAAGUUCCUGAAGGUGGAGUUCCCUGCCCGUGUGCGGAGCCCCCAGGCCACCUUUGAGGUCCAGUUCGGACAUCUGCAGCGGCCCACCCACUACAACACCUCUUGGGACUGGGCCCGAUUUGAGGUGUGGGCCCACCGCUGGAUCGAUCUGUCAGAGCACGGCUUUGGGCUGGCUCUGCUCAAUGACUGCAAGUAUGGCGCGUCAGUGCGAGGCAGCGUCCUCAGCCUCUCCCUCUUGCGGGCGCCCAAGUCCCCUGACGCCACGGUUGACAUGGGGCGCCACGAGUUCACCUACGCGCUGAUGCCGCAUGAGGGUGAGUGCUGCGGCCCCGAUACCUCUCUGCCCCUCUCAGCCUCGGUUGCACCAACGGUAAGUGGGGAGCACUCCAGCAGUCCCACGCCCCUACCCUCAUUUUCCACCACGCGUCCCUUUCCGGUCUGCGCCCAGGGUCCUUCCAAGACGCUGGCGUUAUUCCCGCUGCCUACAGCCUCAACUUCCCCCUGUUGGCGCUGCCCGCCCCAGGCCCGGCACCCGCCGCCGCCUGGAGCGCCUUUUCAGUGUCCUCGCCCGCAGUCGUGUUGGAGACCGUCAAGCAGGCAAGGGCCGGUGGGGUGCGGGGAGCGGGCCGGGGUCCCGAGCUGGGCCCGCCCUCGGCCCCGCCCACCACCACCUCCCUCCGUAGGCGGAGACCAGCCUCCAGGGCCGCAAGCUGGUCCUGAGGCUGUACGAGGCCCACGGCAGCCACGUGGACUGCUGGCUGCACAUGUCGCUGCCGGUUCAGGAGGCCGUCCUCUGUGACCUCCUGGAGCGCCGUGACCCUGCUGGCCCCCUGCCCCUUCGGGACAGCCGCCUGAAGCUCACCUUUUCUCCCUUCCAAGUGCAGUCCCUGUUGCUCGUGCUGCAGCCCG